AUGACCCGCCCCAUAAACACAUCGGCCGCGGCGUCCUCUGCGGCGCCUGCGCCUCCUACCACCAUUAUCCCCGCUUCACACACGUUCUCUUCGCCGGUAGAGAAGCUCAAGUACCUGCGCCGAAAGAUGGAGGAGCAGCAGGCUAACCCCGGCUUCGCACCCACGAUGCGCACGAUCGCCUUGUACAAGAUCAUCCUCCAAGCGCCCGAGAGCUGGGAUGCCCCCGGCGGAUUGGGUGGGACGCUCUUCCGCCGUUCCAAGAUAACGACAAUGCCAAAUUGGAUGGAGGGAGACCCGGCAGAGUUCUUGAGCAGGCCUCCGCAUCACAUGGACACGGCCGACAUCUUGUCUAAGAUUGUUGAGAAUCUGGUUGACUGCGGUUGGGAUUGGACCAACCAUGAAGACACGAGGAAGGCCGUUGUAAUGCGUUUACGUGCACUGCAGAAGACCGAGCUACCUUUGUACAUACGGAGGUGGGAGGAGGAGGUACAUCAGGUGCACAUAGAGGUAAUGGAGAACGAGCCGUUGCCGAAGCACCCGCGUUUGUAG